CGGUGUAGAAGCCUUUAGCAUCCCGGCGCCUCGGAGGUCUACUCGGGAAUCUACUUGGCUUUCUUUCCCCUUCUUAGUCCCUCCCUCUCUCACCUCCACGCCUGGCUUCCUUGGCUAGCUAGCCCGGCGCACUUUGCCCUUUGCUGGCAGCGGAUAAAAGGGGUCUGAGGAAAUACUAAACACCGUCAUCCCAUCGCCUGCUCUCCGCUUUAAAUUCCCAUCCCGGGAAGAUCUGCGCACAGCCAGGUCGGGCUGAACACUCAUCCCGCGGAACAGGAGCGCAGGUUUCCGAGCCCAGCUCGGCCAAUCGCCCGCACCAGUGGGCUCCGGAACCGAAGUCCACGCUCCGUCUCAGCGCUGGGAAAGUGAGGCCAGCAGCCGGCAGCCACGAUGCCUGCCCACAUGCUCCAAGAGAUCUCCAAUUCCUAUACGACCACCACCACCAUUACAGCGCCUCCCUCCGGAAGCCUGCAGAAUGGACGCGAGAAGCAGAAGACGGUGCCCCUCUACCUGGAAGAAGACAUCCGUCCCGAAAUGAAAGAAGACAUACACGACCCCAGCUACCAGGAUGAGGAGGGGCCCCCGCCCAAGCUGGAGUACGUCUGGAGAAACAUCAUCCUCAUGGCCCUGCUGCACUUGGGGGCCCUGUAUGGGGUCAUACUGGUUCCGUCCUGCAAGAUCUAUACCUGCCUCUUCGGGGUUUUGUACUACGUCAUCAGUGCCUUGGGCAUCACGGCCGGGGCUCAUCGCCUGUGGAGUCACCGAACUUACAAGGCUCGGCUGCCGCUGCGGCUCUUUCUCAUCUUGGCCAACACCAUGGCUUUCCAGAAUGACGUGUAUGAAUGGGCCCGAGAUCACCGUGCCCACCACAAAUUCUCAGAAACACACGCUGACCCUCACAAUUCUCGGCGUGGCUUUUUCUUCUCUCACGUGGGCUGGCUGCUUGUGCGCAAACACCCGGCUGUCAAAGAGAAGGGAGGAAAACUGGACAUGUCUGACCUAAAAGCCGAGAAGCUGGUCAUGUUCCAGAGGCGGUACUACAAGCCCGGUCUCCUAUUGAUGUGUUUCAUCCUGCCCACGCUGGUGCCCUGGUAUUACUGGGGUGAAACUUUCCUGAACAGCUUGUUUGUUAGCACCUUCUUGCGAUACACUUUGGUGCUCAAUGCCACCUGGCUGGUGAACAGCGCCGCCCACCUCUAUGGAUAUCGGCCCUACGACAAGAACAUUGAAUCUCGAGAGAAUAUCCUGGUUUCCCUGGGAGCCGUGGGCGAGGGCUUCCACAACUACCACCACGCCUUCCCCUAUGACUACUCCGCCAGUGAGUACCGCUGGCACAUCAACUUCACCACGUUCUUCAUCGACUGCAUGGCUGUCCUGGGCCUGGCUUAUGACCGGAAGAAAGUAUCUAAGGCUGCUGUCAUGGCCAGGAUUAAAAGGACUGGAGAUGGGAGCCACAAGAGUAGCUGAGUCUGGGGCUCCUGAGUUCCUGUUCCAAAAGUUAUCUGGGCAGACAUUUAAUAUUCUGUUAACUCCAGGAGAAUGCUACCAGGAUGCUAAUGAUGCAUUUAACCUAUUCGGGCACAGUAUUCUUUUAAAAUGAGAACGCUUUGGUCACAUUUUGAGGUAAUACACAUUUUAAUUAGCUAGGAUUAACCCAUGCCACAAUAUAUAUCCUUCUAAACAUAUACACAAUAAAUGCAUAUACAAUUUCACUCAAUUUAAAUAGUAACAAUAAAUUUGAACAUUCUAUACAGAGUAUUAAAAGCCAGCAGACACACUGUUUGAUGCCGAGAUGAUGACCAGUGUUCAUCCCCUGUCUGCAUUGCAUCUUGCUCGGUUGCUCUUCUUUCUCACUGCCUCCUGGACAAACAGCUGGCCAACCACCGGUCUGUGUCCACCUUCCAAAGCCUAGACAACUUUCCUGGUAUCUGAAAUAAUUGCUCCUUCCUCCUAGGUACUUCUUUCCUUGUUCUGAGGUUCCAGAUUGCUGCUGCCUCAAACUAGAAACAUAACAAAACCUUCCUGGAAGUUCCCUGCCUACUAAUGAACUUCAUUACAGGCUUUGCUAGAUGGGAUGGGGAAAUUUUCUUGACUUGAUACGUGGCAAGUAGAUCAUCUGGAGACAAGAGUUAUCAUUCAUGCUGUGUUCACAAGUAAGACUGGGAGAGAAAUUGGAAAAGGUGGCCUCCUUAGCAGAGACACCAGGCCCCUCUCUACAGCAUGCCUCCUUUCAGAGUUUGGUGACACUGGAAUAAUUAAAUCAGGUGUCCAAGAGUGAUGCAUGGUCUGUGCUGAGGGGAAGGACUGGCUUUUAGCAACAAGAGGAUUUCUUUAUAGAAAAGGUCUUCAUGUGAAGUGUGUCUAAAACAGAUAGCUAAGUAGCUGGCAGAGUUUUGAGGAUAUGGUAUAAAACUGUAGCUAUAAACAAAAUCUUCACGUAAAAAUAUUUCACUUUGAAAAAUUGAAGGACAAGAGGAGUUGUCUGGGUUGUCAAUUUCUUUCAUGGCUGGACAGGAAGUGGAGAGCUUGAGGGUCAGCAUCUGUAGGUAGCUGCUAAGAGGUGGAUUUCUAGAUGAAGCCCUUGGGGAACACACUGCCAGGGAUCCAGUAGUAUUAGCUCCACCCAUUGCUGUGAUUUCCUCCUUCAGCUGAGUCCUUCCCUGCAGUCUUUGCUUUGUGGGCAGCCAGCCUACAUCAUGCUACCUGGGAGGUUAUUACCUACCCUGAUAUUGAUUCUUCUCCCAGCUCUCUGUUCUUUGACAUUUUCUUCUCUCCCUGCACAGGCAGCAAGUUGCCUGAGUGUAUUCAGAGCACUCUGGACUUGCUAGCUAGGCCUGUUCCUCUCCCACAGAUGCAACACUCCAUGGGCGCGGAACUGCUGUGUUGCUUUUCUGUGGCCUUUAGAUUCUCUCUACCUCUAUCCCAAGUGCCUCUGCCAUGCCUUCAGAAAAGCAUGGUAGGCCCUCUAGCAACAUCCUAGGUUCAGGUGAGUGAACUGCUCAACCGAAAGCUCACAUUGCCUCAGUGAGGUAACUGCUGACAAAGACGCUUCAUUUUUCAUCUCUGUGAGUUAGAAUAGAGAGUGCAUUGGCUUCUUGUACACUCUGCAAGGUGGCUGUGGCUGAUCAAAACAGGCAGGUGGCACAACGCUUGUGAGCUUCCCCAUUUUAUCUCUGUAAAAACAUUAGAAGCUGGGGCAAUUGCUCAGGAAGAGGUCCUGCUUCCUGAAGCUAGGGUGUGAUGCAAAAGCUUCAACCGAAGUGUGGUAGCUCAGGUGCCAUGAACUAACAAAUAUCCCCUGUCACACAGCCCAGGGCAGGCAAUGGUACAGAAAAGGCUAGAAGAAAAUAUCACUUCAGUAUUUUGGAACCAUCAACCUCUCCUGUCCCUGUUGCCUGACCUAGAAGCCUGGCUCUGCUGUUAGGACUGCUCUGUUCUCUUGGGAUUGGAUCAGAGCCUGUGUUGAGUGAACACAAGCUUUCGGUUGUUCAUUGAAGCAGAAAAUCUUGUAAAAGAUCGCUGUAGAUCUGCUGCUGGCCUGGAUUCCUCGUCCUCUGGAAAUCCCUUUGGGCGGUUUCCCUUUCCCAGGUCAUCAGAUCCCUGAUUUAUAACAUGAACAAAAACAAAACAAAUAAAACAAACAAGCAAACAAAAAACCCCAGCCUUCUAAUUUUAUUCCAUUCAGGCCAUGUCACAACACAAGGUUACAUAGAGGCCACAGGCUGAGGUCCCAGUAUCUGUGGGUGUUAGGUAGACUGUCGGAAUGUUUAGGUUAAAAAACACUAUUUCUCAGAUCCUCUCAAAGGUGAAUUUCUAACAGUUCCCAUUUAAUGUGCUAACAGCUUUGGGUACCUAAUCUUUAGUGCAUGUGAGCCCCGCCUCCCUCCCUAACCCUAAAACUUUGAAGAUGGUAUGAACAAGAGGCUGCCAGGGAGAUCAUCGAUACAGUGAUUUGCAGAAAUCUUUUACAGGCUUCAUUUGGGAAAAUUCUUCCUGGAGCUGUUUUUAGUCGAUGCUCUAAUCUGAUGUGAAAUGUAACUUGAAUAGUUUGAUUGUAUUGGCGCCCUCAUUACUACUGUUAAACGGGACCAUGGCAGUGGCGCUCAGGGAAGUGUUCUUGGGUUGCUAAACUCUGGGUGUAUUCUCAGAAAGUAUAGCUCUGAAAGGUGAGCAAAGUAAAGCAGCCAGCCGUCUGCUGGUGGCUUAGCUACUUUAUCACAACCCUUCCCAGAGAUGACGUCUUUAAUGUCUUCCAAUUUUGUGCCAAGCACCUGAUGGUCUCAUUUCCCAAACAUCGUAAAGUGAGUGUCCAGCACAUCCCCUCUGGAGGACACCCUGAAAAUAUCACUCUUGAGCAAAUCCUUCUGAUAAAAUGAGCUAAUACUCACCUACCUCAAGGGGCAGUUUUGAGGUGACUAGGGCUCUUUUAAGUAUUUGAGGGUCCUCUGCAGAGAUUCUCAUACAGGCUUUUAUAGAAGUAGUGUGUGCCAUAAGCUUCACACAGCCAUAUGUUCUAGAUACCAUCUUUAGUCCACAUUGCUCUUCCCAGAGAGUGACAGAAUUCACAGAGGAGGUGGGAUAUGACCAGUCAGAGAAAGAACGCCUACUCACUGCCACGAAAAUGGCACAGGAAACCUUUUCCUUGUCUGAAUAAUAUUUUCUCCUUUUUAUGUGGGAUAGUUAUUUGUGACCCAAGCAUAAUUUGGGAUGAUUCCCAUUAACAUAAACUCUUGAAUCUAAUUGUACUAAUUGAGAUUGUAUUUGUUGCUAAUAAAAGCGAAUCUGGCUCUAC